AUGUCUUCAUCAGAGGUUUGCAGCGCUAAUCCUCUCUAAUCCCAGUCAACAGAGGCGGAGCGACAGCCCUGUGUGCGUUUCACAGUUCAGCCCACCACCAGCAGCAGCAGCAGCAGCAGCCCGCUCCUGCAUUCAACUGCGAGGCGUUUUGUGUGCGGGGCUGCGUGGCACGACCGGGACUUCACCGCGAUGUGUGAUGUUGUGUUUUCUGUUUUCUGAGUAGGAAAAAAAAAAAAAAAAAAAAAAAAAGUAACCGGCGGACACGGAGCAGAUGCUGCUCAGGCCAUGACCGGUCCCGGGAGGCAGAGCUUUCAGGCGGCGCUGAUCCUUCUGUCCGUCGCCCAGCUGACCGCAGGCCUGAAGUGCGUGUGUCAGCUGUGCGCCAACCACACCUGCGAGACGACGGCGGACGGCGCCUGCUGGAACUCUGUGAUGUUGAUCGACGGGAAGGAGGAGGCGGUCAAGUCGUGCCUGUCGCCCUCCGAGAUGAAGGGCCAGGUCUUCUGCUACAGCUCCAGGAACGUCUCCAAGAGGAACUGCUGCUUCACCGACUUCUGCAACAACGAGACUCUGCGCCUACACCCAGAGAGGCCUUUGGAAGAAGAGCCCGGCUGGAGCAGGCUGCAGCUCGCUGUGGUGAUCCUGGUGCCCUCCUGCCUGGCGUGUGUGGGCAUCCUGCUGGCCGUGUUUGUCGCGCAGGGCCGCCGCUGUGACUACAGCAGAGCCCACAAACAGGACCCCGAGGAGCCGCUGGACGACCAGAUGCUCAUGUCACCCGACAAAUGUCUCAAGGAUCUGAUCUACGACAUGAGCACCUCGGGCUCUGGCUCAGGCCUGCCCCUGCUGGUCCAGCGGACUAUAGCUCGGACCAUCGUCCUGCAGGAGACCAUUGGGAAGGGUCGAUUCGGGGAGGUGUGGCGGGGGAAGUGGCGAGGAGAGGACGUGGCGGUGAAGAUCUUCUCCUCCAGAGACGAGAGGUCGUGGUUUCGUGAGGCAGAGAUUUAUCAGACAAUCAUGCUGAGACACGAGAACAUCUUGGGCUUCAUUGCCGCUGACAACAAAGAUAAUGGCUCGUGGACUCAGCUCUGGUUGGUGUCAGAGUACCAUGAGCACGGCUCCCUGUAUGACUACCUGAACAGGUACACGCUCUCUGUGGAGGGCAUGAUCGUCCUCGCCUUGUCCAUAGCCAGUGGGCUGGCACAUCUCCACAUGGAAAUCAUCGGCACGCAGGGGAAACCUGCCAUCGCUCACAGAGACCUGAAGUCUAAAAACGUCCUGGUUAAGAAGAACGGCACGGCGGUCAUCGCAGAUUUGGGUCUGGCUGUGAAACACGACUCCAACACCAACACCAUCGACAUACCGUCCAACCACAGAGUGGGAACCAAAAGGUACAUGGCCCCGGAAAUCCUGGAUGAGACGAUCAAUCUCCACAGCUUUGAGUCAUUCAAGCGGGCGGACAUCUACGCACUGGGCCUGGUGUUCUGGGAACUGGCCCGAAGAUGCUCCGUUAGGGGACUUAAUGAAGAUUUCCAGCUGCCUUAUUACGACCUGGUGCCUUCAGAUCCGACUGUCGAGGACAUGAGGAAGGUGGUGUGUGAGCAGAAACUCAGACCUAAUGUUCCCAACCAGUGGCAGGGCUGUGAGGCUCUGCGUGUGAUGGGCAAACUGAUGAGAGAGUGCUGGUACGCCAACCCUUCUGCUCGACUCACUGCUCUGCGGGUCAAGAAAACUGUGUCCCAGCUGUCCGCCAUCAAGGACGUCAAAGAUUAGACCGACUCGUUGCCCUGCAGAUCGGCGCUGGCGCAGGAACCGGUGCAACACGACCGACGGAGCGCUUGUCGGAAGGAGACGGGGAUGAAACCUCUCUUUGCAACUGCCUGAGGCUGCCCUCUGCAGGACACAACCCCACUGUUCACCCUCAGAGAGCAGAUUCAGUUUUUUUUUUGGUGCCAAAGUAUUAAAGUAGGAGGGUGCCUGUGGCUGCUGCUGUGCACAUAGACACCUUAUAAACCAGACGGUUGAAGGAAGAGCCAUAUGAUAUAAGAUUAUGUAUAAUGUAUAUAGAGAUUAUUUUGCUACCUCAGACAUUUAAGUGCCCAAAGCUUAAAGUUGCACAUUGUGACGUUUGUUUGUGCCAUAUCUUGUAGCAAACACAGCACUGAAGCGGAGGUAGUGUGCUGACAAUCACAUGGAUACUGGAUGAGUCGCCCUGGUAUCGACUUGUUUUAAACGACACACUGUCCCUGAUAAUUUGAGCUGUAAAGUUUGUCGCUGAAGAUAAACGGUUUGUUGAAGGCUCAGUGGAAAGGUUACGAAAUACUAACAGGGGAAUACACAUGUGCUUUUCCAAGUGGAAGACAUCCUUCAGCCCAAUCCAAGCAGGUUUUCUGCGUGAUGAGCUGCUUGUUCUGUUGGUCCAAAUACUGUGAUGACAGUGUGAUGACAUUCAUGACCCCCAGAGGAUGUGUCCCAAUAUUUGUGAUGAUCGUCUGACUUCUCUGUCAGUCCAGCUGAAACUGAGAAUUUUAAAAUUAUUAUUAUCUGCGCCGCCCACUUUUAUGGCAGAAACUGCAGGUGAAAACAUGCGCGGAUCAGUAUUGAGAUUUCCGUAACACAAGACCUUCUUUCAGACUAGUGGAGAGAAAAUGUUCAAAAUACACAUAGAAGUUAUUGUUUUAGUUCAUUCUGGAAAUAUCCUAAUGUGCAUAUAUAGUAAUUUAAUCAUAACAUUCCUGAAAACUUGGAAAACAAAAAUAAUUGUCUUAAUUUAAGUGAUCAACUGUGGAAGUUUCAUCCAUUUUCACCCCAUUCACCUGUAGUGUCUUAUGUUUUUGUCUAAAAAUUGGAAUUCAUUUUACAAUACAUACCUUUUAAAAGGUCAAAAGUUUCUCUUUUUUUGAGGUUGUUGACAGCAUUUACUAAUUAAUGGAGUGAGAAAAAGAGAUAUCCAGAAGUCACUCUUUAAAAACCUCGGACACUAAUAUGUCAACAAAA